CUUUUCUUUCUUACCUCAAUUCUACUCUAUUACUUCUGCUGAGAACCACCCUGGACGAGCACUUGCACGGUCAUGCUACGCGUUCGAUCAUCUAUUGCCAAGUGGUCGUGCAAUCGCAGAAUCCUUGGUGUUGCGCAGCUACGGUACGCCUCCAGUCGACCAACGAGCGACGAGGAAGAAAACAUUGGGGCUGCACGGAAAUGGCUUGACCAGUUCAAUCCGGACACGAUACCGAAGAAUAUAUGCGAGGUCACUUUCAGUCGAGCUUCAGGCCCUGGUGGUCAGAAUGUGAACAAAACCAAUUCCAAAGCAACUCUACGCGUGCCUUUGGAUACACUUCUUCCACGCAUUCCUUUGCUACUCCAUCCAGCGAUCCGCGCUUCCCGAUUCUACGCUGCAAAGUCAGAUUCGCUGGUUUUGCAAGCCGAUGAUAGUCGCAAACAGAGCGAUAAUUCACAUGCGUGCUUUACAAAACUGAACCAGUUGAUCACUGAAGUUGGUCAGCCCGCGGUGCCUGGUGAAACUUCUGCAGAGCAGAGGCGGCGAAUGAAGAGCCUGGAAGAGGCGCAGAACUCGAGCAGGCUGAAGACCAAAAAGCUGCAUAGUCUCAAGAAAAGCAGCAGACGUGGUAGCCACUCAGAUUUUUAG